AUGACAGAUAAACAAAAAAUUCGUAAAUUAACAAAUGGACUUAAAUUAUCAUUAUAUCAAGAGGCUAUUAAAGAAGCUUAUUCAACAUCAUUUGAUUUUUUGACAAAGACACAACAACUGGAAAAUAUUCAGAAGUUGAUCGAAUUACGACAAACUCAAACAACUCAAGUAUCAACGAUAAUGAAGAAUGAUGACAAAUUAUCAUUACCAUUACAUUCUUAUCAAUCAUCGAGUCAACAACCAAACAAUUACACAAGAAGACCAACAUAUUAUUCUUCAUCAGCACAAAAUGAUUAUUCAGAUACAACACAGCAAUCGUUUGCAUUACCAUCGAAUCCGUAUCCAUCAUAUGAACACUAUGAAGGUAAUCAGAAUCAACAAUAUCCAGCAUCACAGGUUUCUCAAGUGCAGCAACGGUACAACCAACCACAUUCGUUUACACAACAUCAAAAUUAUUCAUCAGGAAAAUCGGAUAUUUAUUGUUAUAAUUGUGGUCAACCUGAACAUAUUGCUCGAUAUUGUCAACAAGAGACUGCAACUUCAUCAGCCGGUCAACAACAAAAAUAUUCAAAAAAACAAUUGCAGGGGUGCCGGAUGGUGAUUCUUCUGAAACAAUAA